AUGGCCACCCGCGUCGCAGCCCCUGUCCGACAGCUGCGCACGUCAGUCAGGCUCCCCUCCUGUACAUGCAACUGCUCCUCGGUUUGGACAGCACAACAUACCCGAUCUCGCUCCAUCUCGUCCCCUGCGUCGUCAUUCGCAACCCCCAGCCAGGGCGAGGGCAAGGGCAAGGGCAAAGCCUCGGUCGCACAAGAGCAACGCUGGGCAGGAUGGCAGCCAGGUCAGUUGCCAACACACACUUCCAGAGCUGCAUACCAUAUAGCUGAUCCAGUAUUCACUUGUCCCCCCACAGUGAUCGGCCUCGAACUUCACGUCCAACUCAAGGGCAACCCCAAGCUCUUCUCCUCGGCUUCCGCCCGGUACGACGCCGAGCCCAACACCCAGAUACAACCCUUUGAUGCCGCGCUGCCCGGAUCGUUGCCCGUGGGUUCUCAUCUCAUCACGUUCCGAUCCUCGAGCCGCUCACACCCACCUAAAUACCCUCGUAGACCCUCUCCCCGGAACCGGUCCGACUUGCUCUCCUCGCCUGUCUGGCACUGGACAGCUCCGUCAACCCAGCCUCAACGUUCGACAGGAAGCACUACUUUUACCCUGAUCUACCGGCCGGCUUUCAGCUCACACAGAAAUAUGGUCCGUGCCCCGCAAGGAAGGAAGAGCGGCCCGCUUCCCCCCCGAAGGCUGACCUUCCCCUGUUGGCGUCUCGUGACAGCUCCUUUGGCGAAAGGUGGAAUCCUCAAGAUCAGAAAGGACCCAGCAGUAGGUGUCACGAGGGAUCUGGAAGUAAGAAUCGACCAGAUUCAAUUGGAGCAGGUCAGUGGGCAAAACUCGCUCUCCUGUUUAUCCCGAGACCGCCUGCCCUGACUAAUGGUGCCAUCAUCAACUCAGGACACGGCCAAGUCGUUCCACGAUCCAUCGGAGCACAUGACACUCGUGGAUCUGAAUCGGGCGGGUGCGGCUCUCAUUGAGAUCGUGACCCAGCCGGAUAUGAGGUGACGACUUUGCUGACAAACUCCGAGCCAGAUCCCUUUGAGCCGCUAAUCCAUUUCUUGUCCGGCGUCGUCAGGUCACCGGAAGAAGCCGCAUCCUUCGUUCGAAGUUUACAGUCUAUUCUCAGGCACGUUGGAGCGAGUGAUGCGAACAUGGACAGGGUGCGACACAGCUUCGGACCUCGCGAGUUCUCGGUUGAGACGGGAGACUGAUGGCCACGUUUGGAACUCGGCUCAGGGAGAGCUACGAUGCGAUGUCAACGUUUCGGUUGGGCCUGUGAAGGGCCCUCAUGGGACUAGGUGCGAAAUCAAGAAUCUGAAUGGAGUUCGCUUCUUGGUCGGCGCCAUCGGUACGGUCGUCAUCUCUUUUCGGAGAGGAGCGAACCCCUGAGUUCGAGUCAGUUCAUCGCUUGACCUUGCUCUCGGCCCCGAUGCAGAAUCCGAAAUCUCAAGGCAGAUCAACUCCAUCAACGCCGGGGUCCCGAUCGUCCAAAGCACGAUGGGUUACGACGCAGUCGACAACCGAACCUUUGUCCUGAGGUCCAAAGAAGACGCCCCUGAUUAUCGCUACAUGCCUGAUCCGGAACUUGGCCCUAUAAUGGUGACUAAGGUGAGCUUAGCUAGACAAUUUCAGGUUUCACUCAUUAGGCCUGAUGAGAGGUCUUCGAUAAUCUUCUAGACUACUUUGGAUCAUCUCCGUUCGACACUCCCCGAACUCCCGAACAAAGCCUUCGAACGCCUCCAAACUCAAUACGGUCUAUCCCCUCGCGACGCGGGAAUUCUCGUCGCGGUAGGCGAAUCGCUCGUUGUAGAUUUAUCUUCAACGAUGAGCUCCGCCCCAGAGUGGUUGGGAGGUUCCGAAGUGGGCACGGCUUCGAUCGGGACGAGGUACUUCGAGACGUUGGCUUUUGGAAGACAGGCGCAGGUGUGUGCGAAUUGGUAUGUGGAGAAUCCAUCUGUACCUCACGUGUACCUCACGAUUAGACUAAUCAAGAUUUUUUCUGCCCGUCCUGAGAUAGGAUCAUUCAUGAUCUCCUCUCAGCACUAGGUUCGACGAGCCCACCUUUGAACCUCUUGACCUCCCCUAUCGGACCCCACGAACUAGGAAAACUGAUCGACGCUCUGAGUAAGGGGAAACUCACUUCGACGAACGCCAAAAGCCUUCUCAAGGAAUUUAUCAUCAACCAGACGAGCAACUCCACCCAGGGCUCAUGGAACGAAGUUUUGGACCAAGCGGUCCAAUCCCAUCAAUCAUCGACGAGUUCCAUCUCCCUCGAAGAGAUCUGCCACUCCGUCAUUCAGGACCUCGUUCAAGAGAGCGAUAAAGUACGAAAAGGAAAUACCAAAGUCUUGAUGAGGUUGGUCGGGCAAGUGAUGAAGGAGAGUAAGGGCGUGGUCGAUGCUCAAGAGGCGAAGAAAAUGUUGGAACGGAUGCUAUUACCUGGGCGGACGGUGUGA